AUCGCCACCAUCAAAACCAAGCGCACCAUCCAGUUUGUGGACUGGUGUCCCACCGGCUUCAAGGUGGGCAUCAACUACCAGCCGCCCACCGUGGUUCCUGGAGGAGACCUGGCCAAGGUGCAGAGGGCCGUCUGCAUGCUGAGCAACACCACCGCCAUCGCCGAGGCCUGGGCUCGACUCGACCACAAGUUCGACCUGAUGUACGCCAAGAGGGCCUUCGUCCACUGGUACGUGGGAGAGGGGAUGGAGGAGGGCGAGUUCUCCGAGGCCAGAGAGGACAUGGCUGCCCUGGAGAAGGAUUAUGAAGAGGUGGGCACCGACAGCAUCGGGGACGAAGGAGAGGAAGAAGGGGAGGAGUACUAAGUUUGAACAAAAUCA